CCGGGGGGAGAACGCGACUUGUUCCGGGGAGAAGAAGAAGAAGAAGAAAGAUGGCCGCAGCUACCGUCGUUUAGCUUCUGCAGGCUCGAAACAUGCUGCGUUCUUCUCCAUGUUUGUCUUCUUCUCUCCUCUUUCUCCUCCCCUUCAUGUCCAAGCACUCCUCCUGUCUUUAGAGUGAGAGCUCACUCCCCGCAGAGUGUCUUUAGAGUGAUUAAUUGAGGAGGUUUAGAGUGUGUUUGUGCUGCUCGGGUCAGCUGGUCAGAGAGGAUUGUGGGAACCGGUCGUCAUGGCGGCUCCGGUGAACAUCCAGACUCCCAGUAAGACCUGGGAGCUGAGUCUGUACGAGCUUCACAGAAGCCCUCAGGAGGCGAUCAUGGACGGGACGGAGGUGGCGGUGUCCCCUCGCUCUCUGCACAGCGAGCUGAUGUGUCCCAUCUGUCUGGACAUGCUGAAGAACACCAUGACGACCAAAGAGUGUCUGCACCGCUUCUGCUCCGACUGCAUCGUCACCGCGCUGCGUUCAGGGAACAAAGAGUGUCCAACCUGCAGGAAGAAGCUCGUCUCCCGGCGUUCGCUGCGCCGAGACUCCAACUUCGACGCUCUGAUCUCCAAGAUCUACCCGAGCCGGGACGAGUACGAGGCCCACCAGCGCCGCGUCCUGGAGCGCCUCAACCGGCUGCACAACAAGGAGGCGCUGAGCUCCAGCAUCGAGGAGGGGCUCCGACAGCAGGCCCGCUACAGGAACCACCGGGUGAAGAAGCCGGCCCAGGAGAGCGACAACACCACCUUCAGCGGCGGGGAAGACAACGGCGACGCCCGCUCGCACCUGUCUCAUGACUCCGCCCCCUCACACGCCCCUCUGCCCCCGGGUCAGACCCCCUCGGAGGCCGGGCCGAGCCGCAAGCGUCCGCGGGCGUCGGACGAGGGCUCGGGCCCCGAGGCGGACAGCGGCAGCCCCACCCCCGCUGAGGCGCCACAAGGAGGGGCCGGGUCGGAGAUCGAGCUGGUGUUCAGGCCGCACCCGGAGCUGGUCCAGGCCGAGGACUACAAUCAGACCAGAUAUGUGAAGACGACCGCCAACGCCACGGUGGACCAUCUGUCUAAGUACCUGGCUCUGCGCAUCGCCCUGGAGGACAGACAGACCAACGGAGAGACGGAGGACAGAGGACGCGAGGAGGGAGGACGCGAGGAGAAAGGAGAGAACGGAGGAACGGCAGGAGGAGGAGGAGGAGGAGGAGACGGGUCAAAUCUGAGGAGCAUCAGUGAGAAACAGUACACCAUCUACAUCAUGACGAGAGGAGGACAGUUCUCUACGCUGAACGGCUCUCUGACUCUGGAGUUGGUCAACGAGAAAUACUGGAAGGUGAGGAAGCCUCUGGAGCUUUUCUACGCUCCAACCAAGGACCAACAGCAACAACCGGCACAACCUCCUCCUCCUCCUCCUCCUCCUCCACCACCUCCUCCUCCUCCACAGCAGCAGCAGCAGCAGCAGAAGACUCCUCCCCCACAGCGGGAGGGGUGAGGGGGAGGCAGCUCUCCUUCUGAAGGUCAUAGUUCACCGCCUGUUAUCAGCGUAUGUUUUUACCGGCAUUAAGAUUUGAUUACGUUCUGGAGGCUGUGAUUUCUGGAGGAGGAUUUAUCAGGAAGAAGAAGAAAACAAAUCACUAAAUCCCAGCGGUGCUCUGGUGACCGAGCAGCCUCCGUAUGAAGAUCACGUCUGAUACUCAGAUUUGGGAUCGUAAAGAACCCCCCGCGGCUCCUGGACCUGCAGAUUUCAACACGUUUUCCUUGUUUCCAGUCAGUCUGAAUAUCUUAUUGCUUAUCAAUACUUCACGGCUGAAGACGCUGUGCAAAGACGACACAGAUGGACAUUUGAAAUGUUUUUUUAGUAAAAUUCAUGUUUCUGCUUCGUUUCCAAAUAGGAUCGAUUCUCAAAUACAUACUUUUCUUCUCAAAUUUAACACUUUUUUUUUUUUCCUCCUAGCAACUGAAAAUGAAAUACUAAAAUUGGUAUUGAGGUCAUAACUCUGUCGGUCUGUUGUAGUUAAAAUUAUAGAGCCUAAAUUUAAAAUUCAAUUCACAGUAUUUAUUCACAUUUUCUUUGUCAGAAUGAUAAAACACUAAGCAACUUUUUUGGCCGCAGUAAUUCAAAUUGUCCCUUUUUCAACAUUUCAAUAACUCGCUCGACUUUUCGAAGGUUUUGGAUCUCUGAGACUUUAGGUGUCCACUUUCUCCACUUUUUAGUUGUAAAAACAAACUUUUCUGUCGUAUUUUCUUUCAGUAAUUUGAUUUGAAUUAAUCUAUUUAUGAAGUCUUUGCAUAAUUUAAUACCCAAGCACAUGACUGAAGCUCUUUGCUGCUUUCCUGCUCUUAUGUUUGAUUAAUCUUUGAUUCUGCCUUAUGAGAACUAAACCUUUGUUGUUGCAAUGACACUCAGCUGUAACAUACUGAAGCUUAAAGACUCAAACAUUCAUUCCUUAAUCUUGCAAAAAGACUUUUUUUCAAACUGCUUAUCCUGUUAAGGCCUGGAGCUUAUCCCAGCAUGCACUGGGGUGGGACAAGACUACACAUUUUAGGAGCAAUAUUUUAGAUGGUUUAAAGGGAUGUCAGGCUUUUAUUCCUUCAAUGUUUAACUGAAGAUCUUCUCAGAUCAGGUUCCUUUAACCCGUCGUCUACAUUUUACUAUGACGUAGUUUUCAUUCUACACCUUUAAGAUGUAGCUGUUCCACCCUCCCUUUAUUGCUUUAAACAUUAACGUUUGCAUGAGUUUAUUAACCAUCCACAGGGGUUUCUCUUAAAGCCAUAUUUAUCACUUCUCCAUUCUCAACUCUUUCAUUUCCAUCUGUAAGCACUUUAUAUAUUUCCUGCAGCCAUAUAAGUUUCCUAGCUUACCUCACUUUUUAUGGAAUAUUUGUAUAUUAAGAAUGCAAUAUUUCCUUUUUCUUCUGUCGUAUAAUUAAACUCUUGUCAGCCAUGCAGCACAAUAAACUU